UGCCUCAGGUGAGUUCUGACUCUCACCUGUCCUGUUCGUCUUCAUUUCACCUGCAUGGGAAGCUUGUUUCCUUUGGCACAAAGCUUGGCUCCUCCACCUUCUGUCGCUCGAUGGCUCCUUUGCUGACGCAGAAAACGGAGACGUCUCUCAGCGUUUCAGCCUCUCCUUCGCUUGGAGUGAGUUUCGUGUCAACGCUCCCGGUUGUCCUCACCAUCCUUCUGCUGCUUCUCUGCUUCCCUUUUAGAAGGAAAAAAAGACAAUUGUCUCCACGAGUCCUUCAGAGGGAGAGGAAUUCAUCCCAGCUUAUUCACAUAGCCAAAUUGGAAGAGGAACCGAGUCCGGAGAGAAAGCCUUUGGAAGAUGAAAACACUCACAAAGGAAAUUCCCUCUCAUGUCACCAAGACGAGAGACAACUGAAGGUAGACGAAGCCACACCAGAACUUCAGCACGAAAACACGAAUUCUCCCAAGGAGAGGCAUGUUCUCAUCACAAACCACCAAAGGACACAGAUGUCCCCAAAACUUGAGGUGGACCGCUUGAGAGGGUCAGCUCCCCAAACAUCCUGUCCUCCCAGCCCCAUGACCCCAAACUCCAUACUAUUCAGGAAGCUCCCCAUGACCCCAAAGGAGGUCCACAUCUCCAGAACGGAGCCCCCGGCUCCAAAUGUGGACAGCCAAAUUUAUGAAAGCAUCCGGCUGAAGGAAAAAGACUUGCGCUCCAGAGAUAGUUCCAGAAAUAGCCCCAAAUCUUCUAAAGGACAAGAAUCCAAAGGAUCCGGCAAGAUGGAUUUGAGGUCUACAGAGGUCAGUGAUAUGCUGGAACAACCGGAUGAGCUUUCUGAUCCGUAUCGGGAAAUAUUGUCUGAGAUGGAAGCUCCUCUCCAUCCAGUUUUCGACGGAGAAAAGAGACUGAGUGCCUUGUAUGCCAAAGUGUGCAAGAGGCCUCCAACAUCUGCUCAGUCUCAGCCACUGAGACAAAGCAAAACCAUGGAGGAAGAGGAGGAAAUCCCACCACCCAUCCCAGAAAAGCAUUUUGAGGAUUUCUACGAGAGUCUCGUCAUAGAGUCGGAGGCACAGGGUGGUGAGAUGUCUCCACCAAAACCCUGACUAGAGACAUCCAAGAGUUAGAGCUCCAAACCAGGCUGGGAUCGGGCAGAAGAAGUUUACUUUGUCACCAUGAAAGCUUUAUGUGGCACCACGAUGCAUUUUCAGGAGCUGGCUUCUCCUGUGUGAUCGAUUCCUUGCCUUUUUAAUGAAGCAGACCUUGGACUCAACCGUGUACUAAGCAUGUUGCACUAGCUUUUAAGGAAGGUGUCGCUAUGUUGACACAUGCUUUUGUCUCUUAAGACUUUCAAGCACUUGUUGCAGCAGGUUUUCACGGAAAGGAGACUGGGAAUGUUCAAAAACACCCACAUUCUUCAACUUAAAGGUUCUAAAGAGCAAGUAACUCCGUAAUAAUUGAUAGGCCCAGCAGUGAGAGAGAGAGAUUGAAAGGGAGGGAGCGAGAAAGAAAGAGAGACAUGAAGGAGAGAGAGUUUGAUAAUAGGAGGAAAAACAAGAAAGGCAAGAUUAGAGAAGAGACCAUCCCGACCUUCAUUGCUUCCAUGUCGGUGGGAUGGUGAAUCCACUCCACAGUUUACAUGCUUUAACAUUGCUGUACUCUCUGCUGGCAAGUUCAGCUUUAUGGCAACUUUAUGAUCCUGUGAUAUCUUGUUCAUAACAGUCCUACUCAGGUUUUUCAAACACUGGGGAAUGCCUUUCUGUUUUGAUAUUGGAUAGUCAACCAAAUAUAACAUUUAAUAGACUAAAGUCAUAACUUGCAACCAUGAAGUCAUAACGUGCCACCAUAGUAGACUGAAAUCAUUGCUUGGAACCAUGACAGAUUGAAGUCAUAACAUGAAACCAUGAACUCAUAACUUAAGACCGUGAUGGACUGAAGUCAUAAUGUGCAACCGAGAAGCCAUAAAGUGGAGCCAUGGUAGAUUGAAACCAUAAUGUGCAACUGAAGUAGACUCAAGUCACCACCUGCAGCCAUGAAACCAUAACAUGGAACCAUGACAGAUUGAAGUCAUAACAUGAAACCAUGAACUCAUAACUUAAGACCGUGGUGGACUGAAGUCAUAAUGUGCAACUAAGAAGCCAUAAAGUGAAUCCAUGGUAGAUUGAAGCCAUAAUGUGCAACUAAAGUAGACUCAAGUCACCACCUGCAACCAUGAAACCAUAAUAUGGAACCUUGAUAGAUUGAAGUCAUAAGUUGUAACCAUGAUCUCAUAACUUGCAAACAUAAAGCCAUAAUGUGCAAACAUGGUAGAUUAGUCAUUCAACCAUGAAACCAUAAUAUGCAACCAUGUUAAACUGAAGCGAUAACCAGCAACUAUGAAGCCCUGAUGUGCAACCAUGGGACACUGAAGUCAUAACCAUGAACUCAUAAUUCACAAACAUGAAGCCAUAACUUGCAAACAAGGUGCACCCAUGAAGCCAUAGCAUGCAACUAUGUUAGACCGAAGUCAUAACUUACAACCAUCAACUCAUGCCUUACAACCAUAAAGCCAUAAUAUGCAAGCAUGUUAAACUGAAGCCAUGACCAGCAACCAUGAAGCCAUAACACGCAACCAUGAAGUCUUAACUUGUAAUCAUGAUAGACAGAAGUCAUAAGUUAUCAACAUAAACACAUAACUUGCAGCCAUGGAGCCAUAACUUGCAACCGUGAUAGACUGGACUCAUAACCUUCCACCAUGAACCUUCAGUCAUGGAAUCAUCAUGUGCAACCAUGAUAGAUUGAAGUCAUAACUUGCAACCUAGAAGCCAUAACUUUGCAAACAUGAUAGACUUGUCAUUUACCCAUGAAACCAUAGCAUGCAACCAUGUUAUAUUGAAGUCAUAACUUACAACCAUGAAACCAUAAUAUGCAACCAUGUUAGAUGGAAGUCAUAACCAACAACCAUGAAGCCUUAAUUUGCAACUGUGAUAGACUGAAGUCAUAACCUCCCACCGUGCUCAUAACUUUCCACCAUGAAAUCAUAAUUUGCAACCAUGAUGCACUGAAGUCAUAACCAGCAGCCAUGAAGCCAUCACCUGCAACCAUGAUACACCGAAGUCAUAACCAUGAACUCAUAAUUCACAAACAUGAAGCCAUGACUUGCAAACAAGAUAGGCUGGUCAUAAGGUGCAGCUGUGAAGCCAUAGCAUGCAACCAUGUUAGACCAAAGUCAUAACUUACAACCAUGAACUCAUGACUUACAACCAUAAAGCCAUAAUAUGCAAGCAUGUUAAACUGAAGCCAUGACCAGCAACCGUGAAGCCAUAACUUGCAAUCAUGAUAGACAGAAGUCAUAAAUUAUGAACAUGAAUGCAUAACUUGCAGCCAUGAAGCCAUAACUUGUAAUGGGUUAUGAACAUGCAACCAUGCAUAAUGUGCAACCAUGAAGCCAUGACUCAGUGGUUCUCAACAUGUGGGUCCCCAGAUGUUUUGGCCUUCAACUCCCAGAAAUCCUAACAGUUGAUAAACUGGCUGGGAUUUCUGGGAGUUGUAGGCUAGAACACCUGGGGACCCACAGGUUGAGAACCACUACAUAACUGGUAAUCAUGAUAGACAGAAGUCAUACGUUAUGAACAUGAACUCAUGACUUGCAGCCAUGAAGCCAUAACUUGUAAUCAUGAUAGAAGUCAUAAGUUAUGAACAUGAACUCAUAACGUGCAACCAUAAUAGACUGAAGUCAUAACCUUCCAUCACGAAUCUUCAAUCAUGUGCUACCAUGAUUGACUGAAGUCAUAGCUUAGAACCAUGAGAGCUUGAAUGUGACCUGGAAUUGUAGACCAGGCCUUUGGAUACAUAGCCUGGAAUUACACAUUUGUGAUGGACCCAUAUUCAGCAUCCCUACAUUGUUAUGAGUGUGACACUUUGGCCAUAUUUAAUGUUGCUUCUGAAGACUACUCUACUGGGCAUCAACGAUAUGGAGAAAUAAUGACUGGCGAUUGGAGUAUGACCAAUGUCUGAUAGAGUAAGUUUGCAAGGAUCAGACCAAGAGAGACUAUUUAAUUAUACAACCAAGUUACAAUCAAGUAACUUGAUUGUACAACCAAUUAUACAACCAAGUGGCAGAUGUAAAAUCUUGGCUGUUAUCUUCAAAAGAGAAGUGAAAGUUCAAUACUGGAAGCGGAAUGAUGUAUGAUUGUGGCAUCCAUAUCCAUACAGGAAUAUCCUUAGACUGUCUUCUUUUUGUUAUUCAAAGUAAGUUGGGAUGACCCAGUUGGGUGAAGAUGCGAGUUCAAAUUUUGCUUGGAUAGGAGUAUGAAUCCUGUCUCACUGGGGAAGCCAUGUUGCGGUUUCUGUCCAUUUGUUCUUCCUUUAUUUUUAAUCCGUAAACAUAGAUAUAACAGAGAUCUUGACGCACAGGGGCAUGAAUGAGAUUUGUGAGUAUAGCCAUAUUUUUAUUAAUAAGAUUUUACUUGAAAGGGUUUUUUUUGGUGAGGACUUCAAAGUGGAAUGUUUCCAUAAAUAAAGUAUUUUUUUAAAGAUCC